AUGGACAGUGAGUGGAAAAGCUGUGCUUCUGCAGAAGUAUCUGAUGUGUUGGAAUCAGUUUCUUUUCUGAAUGUAGCAUAUCAACCUUUGAAAGUCUUCUUGAGAGUGAGGCCCUUUUCUGUAACAGAGCUUGAAAACCAUGAAUCUCAGAGUUGCGUAACUAUUGAAGAUGCCCAGACAGUAAUUCUUAAUGCACCCAAAGAGUCUUCUACAAUGAAAAACAGUGAAAAAGGGAUUGGUCAUUCCGUGCACAGGUUCACUUUUACUCAGGUCUUUGGACCAGAAACUACUCAGAGUGAGUUUUUUGAAGGCUCAAUGAAAGAGAUAGUAAGAGCGUAUGUUAAUGGAGUGAAUGGACUGGUGUUUACUUAUGGGGUUACAAAUGCAGGCAAGACAUUCACUAUCCAAGGGACUUCAAAAGAUUUUGGCAUUUUACCUCGCUCACUUGAUGUGAUUUUUAACCACAUAAGGGGAAGACAUUACCUGAAGAUGAACUUCAAACCAUAUUUAAGCAAUGAUAUUAAGAAACUAGAAGAUGCACAAGUGAAGCAAGAAGAAGCCAUAAAAACUGCUAUUCUUGCAUCACUGAAGGAGGAGACAGAAAGCAUCUCAAAUACCGUUACAAAUACGUGUGAUGUGGAGUCGGCUUCUUCCAACUGUACUUCAAAAAGUGUUCCUUGUGAUCCACUAGCAGAGAGCAACUUUGUUCCGUUUGACGCGUACAGGACUAAUCUACACCAAAGAACACAAGCAUCUGUGUGGAUUUCUUUUUGUGAAAUUUAUAAUGAGUAUGUGUAUGACCUAUUAAAUGUAUUGUCCACAUCAAAACCUCAGAAGCGCAGAGUGUUAAGAAUUUGUGAGGAUCAAGGAGGAAAUUCCUAUAUUAAAGACUUAAAGUGGAUUAACAUUCAGAGCACUGAAGAAGCCUGCAAAAUACUGAAAAUAGGAAACAAGAACCGAAGCUUUGCUUGUACUAGAAUGAAUGAACAAUCAAGUAGGAGUCACAGUAUAUUUUCAAUCAGGCUGCUAAGGCUAACUGAUGAGCAUCAGCCCUGUGUUCUUGGAGUUUCAGAGUUGUCUUUCUGUGACUUGGCUGGAUCAGAGAGGUGUAAUAAAACACAAGCCUUUGGAGACAGACUAAAAGAAGCAGGAAAUAUUAAUAAUUCUCUUCAUAUCCUUGGAAAAUGCAUUGCAGCAUUGAAGCAAAAUCAAAAUCCAAAGAUGAAGCCAAGCUAUAUUCCAUUCAGAGAGAGCAAAUUGACUCGUCUCUUUCAGCCUUUUUUUUGUGGAAAAGGCAAAGCUUGUAUGAUUGUAAACAUUAACCAGCAUGCUUCCACAUAUGAUGAAACAAUACAUGUAAUGAAAUUUUCAGCUAUAGCCAAACAGGUCAUCCAGACAAUCCUACCCAAAAGUUUUGGUUAUUUUCCACCCAAGCUGGCUGAAGGCGACGGCAAACCUGUUGUGCACUUUGAUGCUAGCACGUCUGUAGAUGACUUUCCUGACAGUACUGAAACCUACACAGAAGAGGAAGUGGACAUCACCAUUCUGAGUCAUGAGGAUCUCUUGAAAACUGCAGAGAACCUAAAGGAGAAGCUACUUGCAGAAAGGCAAAGUAAGCUCCUUCUGGAGGUUAAGAUACGUAAAGAGAUGGCAGAAGCAAUGUUCCAGCAGCUGUUGGAAACAGAGGAAGCCUGGAGCAACCGCUUGGAAGAUAUGAAAGACAGUUAUGAAGAAAAACUGGAGAGCAAAUUUGAAAUGUAUAAAGAGGCCAUCAAGAAACACGCGUAUAUGUGUGCAAUGGAACAAAUUGAAGACCAUUAUGUUCCUGUAGAAGAAUUUCUAGCUGAACAACAGAAAGUUGAGGAUAGAGAGAGUAAAAUCCUGCAAUUGGAAAGGCAACUUGAUGAACAGUCAGGGAAGCUGUUGGCUCUGGGAAGUCUGAAGUCAGAUAAACUGACUACUGAAAAUAACAUGGAACUAGGUAGGAAUCUAAUGUGGAUAUUCAAAGUUCAUUUUACUUUUGGUAAUGUGUAUAAUACCAAGCAAACUUUUCUUUUGCCUUUAGAUAUUAUGAACAAGACAAUGAAGAGAGCCAACGAAGGAUUGCAGAAACAAUGCAAAGAGAAAGAAGAGCUUAUAAAAUCUCUGAAGCUUAAAAUACAGAAAUUAAAUGAGACCCUGUUAGAAGCUAAUGAAGGCUACAGAAAAAUGGCAGAAGAGAACAGUCAACUGAAGCAUACGAUUGUGCUCAAGGAACAAGAAAUGAAUAGUCUUCAGAACUGGGCUAAACGUGUUCUUGAGCUUGAAGAAACAGUGUCUUCCCUGCAAAAAGAACUUAACGAAAGGAAAAAGCAUUUUUCUAUAGAAGAGCCAAAACAACAAAAACCUAAGAGAGGUUUGUUGGCUAACCUGAAAUCCACAGUAGCAGCUACUGCUAGUACCCCUCUUGGUAAAGGCUGGGGGAAGCAUGAAGACACUUCAUCCUCUUCCAGAAAGCAAGUACUGUGGGCUCAUAAAACAAAAGACUAA